CGGCGGCGAGGCCCCAUGGUGGGGUUCGGGGCCAACCGGCGGGCCGGCCGCCUGCCGUCGCUCGUGCUGGCGGUGCUGCUGGUGGUGAUCGCCAUCCUCGCCUUCAACUACUGGAGCAUCUCCUCCCGCUACGUCCUGCUUCAGGAGGAGGUGGCCGAGCUGCAGGGCCAGGUCCAGCGCACCGAGGUGGCCCGCGGGCGCCUGGAGAAGCGCAAUUCCGACCUCCUGCUCUUGGUGGACUCGCACAAGAAACAGAUCGACCAGAGGGAGGCCGACUACGGCCGCCUGAGCAGCCGGCUGCAGGCCAGGGAGGGCCUGGGGAAGAGGUGCGAGGAUGACAAGAUAAAACUACAGAACAACAUAUCAUACCAGAUGGCAGACAUACAUCAUUUAAAGGAGCAACUUGCUGAGCUUCGUCAGGAGUUCCUUCGACAGGAAGACCAGCUUCAGGACUACAGGAAGAACAAUACAUACCUUGUGAAGCGGUUAGAACAUGAGAGUUUUCAGUGUGGACAACAUAUCAAGGAGUUAAGAGCACAGCAUGAAGAAAAUAUUAAAAAAUUAGCAGACCAGUUUUUGCAAGAACGAAAGCAGGAGGCCCACAAGAGUCAGUCAAAUGAUGGGAAUGAAUUGGGCGUCAAUGAUCAUGAAGUACCUAAAAAUAUUCCAAAAGUAGCUGAGAAUGCUGCAAAUAAGAAUGAAGAGCCUUCAAGCAAUCAUAGUCCACAUGGCAAAGAGCAAAUCAAGCGAGGAAGUGAUGCAGGGAUGCCUGGAAUAGAGGAGAAUGACCUUGGGAAAGUCGAAGAUCUUCCCUCUUCUUUAAAGAAGCCCCCUAUUUUAGUUUCUCAACAUGAAAAUCAUCAAACAGUGUCCCACCUUGCAACUGGACCACCUCUCUUCCCAAAUAUGGCUCCAGAUUCACACGUAAACCACAAUGGAAACCCUGGUUCUUCAAAUCAGAUACCUUCCAAUCCUCUUCAGCAUUUUAUUUCGGGCCCAAACAGGGAGAGUGAGCCCAGAAUUCAAACAGAUAUACUAAAGCAGGCUACCAAGGAUAGAGUUGGUGAUUUCCAUAAGUUGAAACAAAGCCGAUUCUUUGAUGAGAAUGAAUCCCCUGUUGAUCCGCAGCAUGGCUCUAAACUGGCGGAUUAUAAUGGGGAUGAUGGUAACGUAGGUGAGUAUGAGGCAGACAAGCAGGCUGAGCUGGCUUACAAUGAGGAAGAAGAUGGUGAUGGUGGAGAGGAAGACGUCCAAGAUGAUGAAGAACGAGAGCUUCAAAUGGAUCCUGCAGACUAUGGAAAGCAACGUUUAAAUGAUGUCCUUUAAAUCCUAAAGGAAAGCUUCAGAAAACCUAAAGUGCUGCAAAAUGGAAUCAUUUCUACUUUGUUGUUUUUUGACUUUUGUUGUAAAGAUCAGUUGUAUCAGUUGUAAAGAUACAUUGAGAUAGAUUUAAGUAAAAACGUUAGUGGAGGGAUGUACCCAUGUACAUAUGUGCACUUUUCCAUGUUGUAUUAUCAGCAGAGAUUUUUUUUGUUAUGAUACAGUUGAGCCAAAAACAAAGUAAGCAAAACUGUAAUUUUUGCAUUUAAAGCAAACUAAUGUAUAUUUUAAACUUUACUGAGCCUAAUUCUUUCCAAAAAUGGACGAACAAGAAAAAAGUGUUGUACAUUUUAUAUGUUGUGCAUAGGAUAACCACAGUGAGAACAAUUACUCCGUCGAAAAACUUUUUAUAUACUAAUAUAUUCUUGUUAGCCCAGCCAGGUGUUCUGUUCUAUCUACCCCUCAUCUCAUGCUCUUCAUACAGUUACACCUAGAAUAGUUACGUUAAAAAGGGGAAACUGGAAGCUAACCACUGGGCAGCAUGUCUACAAAUCACCUCCCUGUUUCUUUUCUCACGUGAGUACUGAUGUGUUCUGGCUGAGGCCUGAUGGAAGCUGAGAUCACCUGCAGAGACAUAACAAUAUUUAUGAGUCACACCUUACUAAAGUCAUGAAAUUAUGGAAUGCAUGAUUGACGAUAUAUUUUCAAUUUUUAUAUUUUCACAUAAUACCAGUACUGUUUAACUAUAGCCAGUACUGGCUAAAAUUUUUAUAUUUUUCAGAGCUCAAGUUGGUGAAGAUAUUCAUGAUUUAAAUGACAGAUUCUGAAACGGGCUAACUCAACUUGGAAAUAAAUCUGCAAUCAGUAUUUCAAAGCUUCUCUGGUAGUUUUAGUGAUCUUAUUUGACUAGACUUUUUCAGAAGUACUAAAUAAGGAAUUUUAACAAACGUUUUUAAUUAAUGCACAGAUACAUAGAAGUACAGUGAGGUCUACAGCCAUUUUAUUAAAAUAGCUUAAAAGUUUAUAAUAAAGAUGAAGAAUCUUUGUAAUUACUAUGUUAGUGAAGAACCCAUCAACCUCAUAUUUGCUAGACUUGCAAAAUUAUUUUAAAUGCAUUUAUCUUUCUCGACACUAUUCAGUAAAAUGUGUAAGAUAGCUAAUCCUUGUUUUCUGAUUUAAAGUACUUCUAAAUCCCAUCUCCCACCCCUCAAAAUAAAAGGUUUUGAUCCUAAGGGCCCAUAUAAGGUUGUUAACCCUGUUUUUCAGAAGGGCUACUGUUAAUUGCAUAUAGACAUGAAAUGCUUUCCUUUUUCUGUACUCAGGUUACUGUCAAAACUCAAAUUUAUAGAGAUAAAGAAAUAUGUUGUUCACUUGGAGGUGCAGAAAUUCCUAGGCUUCAGGUUGAAAUUAUUUAGUGACUAUGAAAAGAUGCAAUAAUUUACUAGAAUUGUUUUUUCCACAGUAUCAAAGUAAGCAGUUCGUGCUUUUGCUAUCAGUAGGAUAAAGCUAACAAUGAUUUGGUGUGAUGGUUCACAGAAUUUUUUAAAAUGGAAGUUAAAGAGUACUGGUGUACAUCUUUUGGGCAUUAGUGUGGGGAAUGAAUCUAAAAAAUACUCUCAUUUUCCAUACUGUGAAAUCUUUACAAAUGAAAACCAUCUAAUCACCUGUCUUCGUUCCUUUGGCAUAAAAGCAAUCCUUUGGUUAGACAGUAGCUAGUACUUACACAGCCAAGUUUCUUCAGUUAGCAGCCUAGAUGUUUUAUAAACUGAGAAACCUUGGACCAAUCAAUAAAAUUUCUGACUGUAUUAACAUUUUAGUACUACAAGUACUAGAAGGUACUAUGUCAAUCUCUUAAAAUUCUGACAUCCUUUGGUCUGCAUUAGACAUGCUGGUUUUAUAAUGCUUUACUUCUGCCUUAAGAUUUAGGUUUUUUUAAAAUGUAUUUUUGCCCUGAAUUAAGUGUUAAUUUGAUGAAAACUCAGAUUUUAAAGAAUCAUCACUUACUGGGUUCU